UGGCGAGAAGGGGAAACCGGUUGUACGCUCUCUCAUUCAUUUGCGAAAUUCGCCUAAAACACAGACACAACAUACAAUGCCUUGUCGAAAAGAAAACUACAUUCUGCUGGAGCAGUCUGUUACAGUGGAUUCGAAAGAGGUGGAUGCUUUGGUUACAAAAAUCGGCGAAGUUUUGCAGCUACAUAACAAUAGCGCAAACCAAAAGACGAUGUCAUGUCUCCACGGUCUCACCAGCAACGGCAGUAGCAACGUCAAACAGACCAACAACAACACUGGGGCCCAACCACGGCGCACCGGGUGCUGCAUUCGAUUUCGCAGUCGAGGAGUACGUAGCAGAGCUAGCCCAUACAACAUCCCUGGAUCAAGUGAUCAAGAAUGGGACAAUUUCAAAACUUGGAAUCGAAAGCGGACUGAUGUCACACGUGCUGACGAUAAUCCUCAUCAAUUACUACAAGAAUUAAUAUUGUCUGGCAAUUUGAUUAAAGAGGCCGUCAGGCGACUCCAGUUUUCUCCAUCGGAACGUGGCGAACGUGCAAAAACAAUUGACAAUGCUAGUUUGUGACCACCAAACGGCAAACGUGAACCUUUGCAAUCAAAUUAAUGGUUACGUUCAUGGUGAUGAGUAACAUUGUCGAGGUCAACGUUGUCUAAGGACAUUAAAAACAGCAUAUCAAGCUGGCCUGUGAAAACGUGUCAGCUAGCAAAUGAAUCGGACGGCUAACGAACGACGUCCUGUUAAUGCCAGCUCAUUUGUUUCCCUUGUAAAAUGUGGGGGUGGUUCCCAGUCGAGAGUUUGAAUAUUAUCGUUUUUUAUGGAUUAACUUCUAUGUCUAUGUCCGAUGUUUUGUCAUGAAAUGGGCUUUAUUUUUCUGAAAACUGCCUGGACACUCUUGCUAGCUAGGUAGCUAAAGUUACAAUGUUUGUUGUCUUGGCUAUUCCUAGCUAGUUACCUCGCUGUCUAACAUUUUAAAUACAUGUGGUCGUGGUGGCGUGUGAGAGCAGCAGGAAGAAAAGUGAACCUGAACUGCAAACGGGUCACUCCACCAUGAUCCUGUUUACACACCAUACUACAAGACGCCUGGCGAAGUCCUGUCAGCUCUGGCAUUUAACGUUGGCCUUACCACGUUGAUACCUGUCCUGUGGAUUUUGGCUGUUGGAAGAAAGCGCCCAACUGAAAAGAUUGACCAGGAUGAAUGAUGAAAAUGAUUUGUGUUAAAGGUUCAUUUGAAGACUUAAUAGGUUACAACUUAACGGAUGUAUUUUGUUUUUGUCCCCCUUUUUUACGUGAAUAGCAGUAGCCUAAAUUGAAAUGAGAAUGGACUAAGAUAACGUUUACUCUGGUUUGAACAAGGGGAUCUCACCAAUACAACAGACACGGGUGCUUUUUCUUCGGAUUCCAACUGGAACUCGUUUGUCAUUUUUUCUUUUCCUUCACAUCAAGUAUGUAUGCUUCGCAACGAAGUAUUUUGUAUUCCUGGUUAUUCAGGGAUUUUGGUGUCUUUAAUAAACACGGUGUUUUUGCAAA